GCCUCUCCGCUUCCAACAUUGCCGGGCGACACUUAGUCACCGGAUCUUACUUCACUUGACUUGAUACCAGAUAUUUUAUCUUCGUUUUAUUUAUUUUGUCACCCAUUCGUAACAGACAAAUUCAUAAUAACUCACUCAGCCCAAGUUACCCACCUCUCCCGACCUUACUCACCAACAAACAUACCCAAUUCAAAAUGGAAGAUACACGGAUCCCCGUUUGGCUGGACUGUGAUCCCGGCCACGAUGACACCUUCGCCAUCCUACUAGCAGCCUACCACCCAGCAAUCCGCAUCCUAGGCGUCUCAACCGUCUUCGGCAAUGCCUCCCUCGAAAAAACAACCCGCAACGCCACCUCCAUCCUCACCGCCAUCGGCCAAGCCGACACCAUCCCCGUCUACAUCGGCGCCUCCCACGGCCUGACCCGCCCACCCCUCCACGCACCCACCAACAUCCACGGCGAGACCGGCCUCGACGGCAGCGAGCUCCUCCCGGAACCCACCGUGCCCGCCCUCACCACCCCACCCGCCAUCGACGCCGCCUACGCCGCCCUACGCUCUUGCCCCCCCAACACGGCCUGGGUCGUCGCGACGGGCGCCUUCACCAACGCCGCCGCGCUGUUCGCCAAGUACCCGGACCUGGUGGCCCACGUGCGCGGGCUGAGCCUGAUGGGCGGCGCGCUGGGUGGGGGGUUCACGCCCGCCGUGCUGGGCGCCGUGGAGGGGGUGCCGCGCGUGGGCAACUGGACCCAGUUUGCCGAGUUUAAUGUUUUGGCGGACCCCGAGGCGGCGGCGGCGAUCUUUGGGGAUAGGGUGUUGGCCGGGAAGACCACGCUGAUUCCGUUGGAUGUGAGUCAUUUGGUGCUGACGACGGAGGGGGUGAGGGAUUUGUUGCUGGAUGGGAGGGGGAUCACGGCGUUGAGGGUUAUGCUGGUGGAUUUGUUGAUGUUCUUUGCUGGGACGUAUAGCAACGUCUUCGGUAUCACCGAGGGCCCGCCGCUGCACGACCCCCUGGCCGUGGCGGCCGUCCUAACGGGUGUUGGCGACCAGCACGAGAUCCCCUUCUGCGACUAUGACCCGGCUGGCGAGCCUGGGCUGACGCAGAGGGAGCGGUUCGAGGUGACGGUUGUCACCGAGGGCACCUACGAAGACGCCGACGCCGGCGCCAAGACGGGCCAGAUCACCGCCAGACUGCUUCCGCCGGGCGAGGAGGGUGUCAGAAUCCCGCGCAGCUUGGAUGUUCCGCUGUUCUGGAAGGUUUUGGAGGAAUGUGUCUCGAGGGCGGAUGCUGCUAACGCCGCUGCUGCCGCUGCUUCUGGGCCGCUGGUCAACUAAGGUGGGGAUGAAGACACAUGGAAAAGAUCGUAUUAAGAACGGAUAGAUUGGUUAGUUUCCGGCUAGAUUUGACACCUUUUGUCCUGGCGCUGGCAUCAGAAAAGUCAGAGAAAAUAGAACCCAAUGCGAUGAC